AUGGUUAUUACUCAAAAGAUGGAAAAUAUUUGUCCACAAACUUGUUUUGAUCAACUUCCAUUUAAAAAACGUAAAUAUGUUAGAGAACGUAAUUUUGGUAAACCAUUAUCAACAAUAACAAAUAUUUUAAAUAAUAAAACUGAUAAUGAUAUACCAGUUAAAAUUAAAAUGCAAAAUACCGUUGAAUUACAAUAUUUAACAAGUUUUCAACGUGAGACAGUAAAAAAUAAUGAAGAUAUUUGUCUGUCACCAGCAUGUAUUCACGCUGCAUCAAGAAUGCUGAAUAAUAUGGACAGUAAAGUAUCACCAUGUGAUAAUUUUUAUAAAUAUAGUUGUGGAAAUUUUAUCAAAUCAACUCAAUUAGCAGAUUCAGUACAUUCUCAAGAUUCAUAUUCUCAAUCAGAACAUAAAUUAAAGAAUGAAUUACGAAGUAUAAUUAAUUUGCCAAAUUUUCCAAAUGACACUAAGCCACUUAGAAUUGCAAAAGAUUUUUAUCAAACUUGUCUAAAUACAUCAGCAAUUAAUAAACAAGGACUUGAUGAAAUAAAAAAAAUAAUAAACAAUACUGGUGGAUGGCCUGUACUUGAUGGUAAUAAAUGGAAUGAAACAUCAUUUGACUGGGUUGAAACAACUUACAAAUUAAGCAAACUUGGAUAUACAGCUAAUUAUUUAAUAAGUGUUGAACUUGACAAUACCGUCGUGAAUUCAAAAUUCAACGCAAUUCAUUUGACUCAACCAAAAUUGCUAAAUGUUUCAAAUAUUGAUGCACUUAAAUAUGUAGAAUUUAUGUAUGAUGUUGCUGUUAUGUUUGGUGCAAAUCCACGAUCAAUAUUUAAAGAUAUGUUACAAACUCUUGAAUUUGCAAAUGAAAUUGUUAAAAUUUCAAAUAAAAAAUCACGUAAAAAUUCUAUACUAAUGUCAAUAUAUGGACUAAAUGAAAAUAAAGCAUUACCAAUAAAUUGGAAUGAAUAUAUUAAUUUAGUAUUUGGUUCAAAUGAUACACUGUCUGAUGAAACAUUUGUUGUUGUUGAAACACCAAUGUAUUUUGAUAAGCUGGGUUUGUUAUUAAAUAAAACAUCAAAUAGAAUAAUUGCUAAUUAUAUUAUGUGGAAUGUUGUUGAAGAAUCAAUAGUAUAUUUGUCUGAUGAAAUACGUAAAAUAUCAACGAAAUAUAUUAGAAUUGAUACAGAGAAUAAUGUUUUAUAUAAUUACAGAGAUACACAUUGUUUUAACAUGGUUUAUAAUAAACUUCCAUCAAUUAUGGAUACAAUAUAUUUUACAAAUAUUUUUAAUAAAAAUAUUAAAAAUAUACCUGCUGGAAUUUUGGGAGAUUUUUUUUUCAACAAUGAUUAUCCAAAUUAUGUUAAUUAUGGUAAUGUUGGUUUUAUAAUAGCACAUGAAUUUACACAUGGAUUUGUUAUUGCAAAUCGUCUUUUUCAAGAGACUUCUAAGACCGAUGAUUCGUUUGUUAAUAAAACCAAAUGUUUUAUUGAACAAUAUGACAACUAUACAAUUGAAGAAAUUCAAGAAAAAGCAAAUGGAUUAGGCACUUUGGAUGAAAAUAUGGCUGAUAUUGGUGGUGUUAAAUUAUCAUACUUGGCAUACAAAGAAUUGUCAAAAGAACAUGGACCUGAACAAAAAUUACCUGGCUUUGAAUCAUUUACAUCUGAACAAAUGUUUUGGCUAAGUUCUGCUAAUGCAUGGUGCUCAAAAGUACGUCCAGAAAUAUUAAGUAAAAUUAAAAAUAACGACAGUCACAGUUUACCUGAACAUCUGGUUCACGAAUGA